ACAUUUACAUCAACUCAAGCUUUUUAUCAACUCUACUUCUCUAUUCAACGUAUCCUCAUCUAACCAACACAAUGAACCCUAAAUCAAUCAUCACUCUCUUCUUUAUUGGCACUACCCUUGGUGCUACUAUUCCUCCAACAGAACCGAGUACCUCUCAUUUGGUGCAACGUAACGACAAAUACGAACGAUGCAUGGCGACCUGUUAUCAGUCUAUGGCCGGGAAGUACGACAAUGACAAGUUGCCUGCAUAUUGCACCAGCUUGUGCACCCGACUUCACGGCUCGCCUUGGUAGGCAUAACUGGGCUGCUAAGGGGAAAAUUAUUUAAUAGCAAAUACUGCUACUAUCUCAGGUGCCUAGGGGGGCACCAACGGGAGGGCUGCAGACGGAUAAACUAUAACCCAAAGGACACGUACAAGGGGAAUUUGCCGGAAUUAAGAAGUUAGGAGGAAGGUAGAUUGGAAUAAUUAUCACAAUUAAAC